CCUAGGGUCACCAAUAGGGUACAUCAUUUAAGACAACUUUUUAUCCCGUUUUAAUCUCUUUUGAGUUUGGAAAAUCCCAGCAAAACUUCAAAUGGCUGUUUUUAAAAGGCAUUUUAGCAACACUGACUGCGAUUUUUCGGUAUUUGUGUGUUUUUUGCAUGCUAAAGUAAGUUGAAACACACGAAGGAAGUGAAUAUGGAUGUGCAGAAAAAAGCCUUGCUGAGCUAGCCUGUCGAUGAUGGCAGCCUGGUUAGCCGUGUGUGUUGUGUCGCCACAUGCAUUGUUUGAUGUCAUUCCUCUUGCGCCGACCAAAUUAUGCACAAACGCAGCACGCAUACACGGCAGCCAUUUUGAAAGACCCGACUGUGCCAAAUUUCCCGUCAAAUUUCUUCGCCGUAUCGCCCAAAAAUAUCACACAAUCUCAGCGCCAAUGUUGACUAAAAAGUAAUGUAUGAAGGCAAGCACAUUCACUUCUCGGAAGACCAGAAGCCACUGUGUUCUUGCAGUACCAAAGUCUGCAAACAGCGCCGAAUCAAUGGCUACGCCUUCUGCAUCCGUCACAUUCUGGAGGACAAGUCCGCCCCCUACUACCAGUGCGAGUUUGUCAACCGGUACAACGGGCUGCCCUGCACAAACCCGAUAAAGCGAGGGGGAAACAGCAAAUUCUGCGUCAGCCACUUGCAGGUCUUGGGCCUGGUCCCCAAAAAAACCAAAAAGAGCAAGGCUGGAGUUGUCUCCCAUGAGCAGAAUGACAUCCCCAGGAUAGAACCACACAAUGCCGUGAUUGAAGAGCGUGCCAACAGGUCUAAAGUGCCCAAGGAAAAGAAGAAGAAAGACAAGCACAAGCGCAAGCAUGAGAAACACAGGAACAGAUCCAAGAAGUCGGAUGCGACACAGGCUGAAGGUGCAGUGAGCGACAAUUCUCUGACUUUUAAUCCCCUGGAGUUGCUGUUGAGAUCCUCCCCACACCUGCCGUCGGUAGAAUCAGCAAAUCUUCCCUCAGCCGCCACCCACAAUGGUCCUGACGAUGGCAGCGCCGCCGGCGCGACUGAAAAACCAAAGAAGAAAUCCCGAUCGAGGCAGUCCUCACUGCAGGACCGGAUGCGAGACAAGCUGGAGAAGAACAAGGUGCGGUUAAAACUGCAGCGGGAGCGGGAACUGCAAGCCAGGCUGCAGCAGGCGGCCAAACCUCAGUCGCCAGAUCAGUGCACUACCUCGCCCGCACCGUCGCUCGGUACCCCGUCCUCCAGUCUUUCCCAUCCGUCGCUGUUCGCAGACUUCGGUGACCAUCUGCCCUCUAUGCCGCCUCACUUAGCACAUUCCAAGACGAAAGCGGACACCGCCAACUUGCCGUUUGCUGUGACCAACCUCCCACCACUAAGUGCCUCCGUUGUGCAAGCCCAAACCAAGAAACCCAGAACGUUGUAUACAAAGAAACUAGGACUGAAAUCUUUGGAUAAUCUCAGAGAAAUAUAUCAACAUGAAGAAGAGAGACGCUUGGAUCUGUUUUCAUUAGGUUUAGAAUACUCAUCCGACGAAGAUGACGAGGACCGAUUUCCUCAUCGCAGAUAUACGCCAAGAUUCCCCGACUAUAGCAGCAGUAGCAGCAGUCGCAGCAGUCUGAGUAGUCCAUCGGACCGAUCCAGCAGACAGGAACGCCUUGAAGAGCUGAGCUCUCGUCUAGGGAGCCAGUGUGCCUGCCUGGUCCAGUCAGAUCGCUGCCAGCGCAGUCAACGGCUCAAGUCUAAGAGGCUGUGCCUGGCUCUCAUCAAGGCGGCCAGGGAGCAUUCGUUCGGUGCCGUGGUGUCAUUACUGGGAUUACGCAGGCAGCCGUUGACAAGGCCCAAGGUAGAGCUCCCACCAGAUAGGACCUGUGUCAGCAAAGAGGAGAGCGGGGAGGCGUGUCAGGAGGAGGCUAUGCCGUACUCCGGACACUGCUAUAGACAUAUCCUGGAGGAUGAGCAUCAGGAGCUUUUCCACCAAUGCUCGGCUGAGUUUCCUGGGGGCUUCCGCUGUAUUGAGCCUGCCUUCGACAUGCAGAACGAUAACCCCUUGUGUCUGGAACACUGCAAGAGAAUGCGAAUGCAACCAAAGCAGAAGAAGCCGCGAAAGAAGACGAAGCCUUCCGCUCUGACGAGACCCAACAAGAAGAAGAAGAUCCGACGCAACGUCAGACCUCAGAAGCCAAUCCCCCCAGCAGUUCCACAAUCCAACAGCGGUUUCCCGCAUUCGUUCAACAUACGUUCAACCUCGUUCAACAUGCCUCCACGCCUUAGCCUUCCCGAGGACAUUGACCCCAACAACAUGAACCUUGACUUUGGCAUCGACACCUCUGACCUCCGGAUGACCUCGGACGCCGACAACUCGGAUCUGAACUCGGAGGCCGGCGGCAGCGAUCUGUCGGAGAUCCUGCCCAAGUUGCCCAUGGACAUCCCGGACCUGUCCCUCUUUGAGCCUGAAGAGUUCACAAAGUUUGUCAAGGAGCACGAAGAAGCUGGCAAGAAUGGAGACAGUGACUACAUGCCCAUCCCGAUGCCCACUAGGGAGGAACAAGAAGAGCUAGAACGUGCCAUCCUGGAGGUCUCCAAGACAGUCAGCUCAGUUCAAGAAUCACUGGACCAGCUGUCCAAACAUUCAAUGGACCAGCAUCUUCCAACCAGCAAUGCCAUGUUUGACGAUCAGGACAACAGCGGGGAUUCUGGCGAUCAAGACGGAAUGGACGGGUUACCGCGAGACCUCCAGUCUGCCGCCAACCGGUUGUUGCAGGAUACCAUGCGCCAGAACUCGGUGGAGGCGAUGGGCGCCUCCAUGCACCACCCUGGGGACCUUGCCAACAGUGUGUCGACGAGUAAUAUGUCCGUGACUCAAGCAUCGGGCCCGCUGCACGUCAUGACUAGCAUGUCGGGGCAGCCUGCUUUCCACGACACUGGGGGCCACUUCAGCGGAGUCGGGGGGCUCAUGGGUCCGAAUCAGAACGCUCUACCGGUGGCGCAGUUGCACAGUCAGCAGUUGGAGCCCUUGCGCAUGCCCAACUCGGUCCUCAUGGGCAACGGAAUGGUCCAGAUGAACAGUGCAAUGUUGAACCUGCAGCGGCAGAUGGCCAACUCGCCGCAGUCCCCUCACGGCAACCCCAUGUCACCUCACCACGUGCUGACGCCCCACAGUGCCCAGAUCAGCAGCGCCAUGCUGCAGCAGCCUAGAACGUUAGCGGGUCAGCCCAGCCCCAUGCACAGUCCGGCCAUAUCCAUGGCGUCAAGCAACAACCAACAGAUGACGCUACCGAGCUUCCGACAGACGUGGAGCGUAGCCCCCUCACCCACGGCUCACAUGCUAUCCAACAGUAACCUCCUGGGUGUGAUGAAUCAACACAGUCCAGACUCCACCCCUAGUCACACCCCAAACCACGCCCCAAACCACGCCCCGAUCCUCUACCCACAGAUGAAUUUCCCCCAGAAGUUUGGCUUCCCACCGGGCGCCAGUGAUCUGGCGAUGGCAAAGACGCUAGGCAUGGCCUUCAACGCAAACAACUCAACCACCAUCAAUUCUGCCGGUCAGAAUCACAUCAGUUACGUUACAAGCUUAGCACAGACCCAGGACAGUAGCGCUGCAAGUGCCACCGUCAGUACGGUGGCGUCAAACUUCACAACGAAAGCGAGCACAGUCACAUGAUACACAAUGCCAAUCUGCACAUGAUACUCGGCAAGUAGACCGCACCAGCUGAUGGUAGGGGCAAUAUGGUAGGGGCCAUAUCCCAAGGGCAGCCCUGACUGGAUCUGAGAAAACAACCGAAGUCAACAAAAACUGAAAACCCAGAUUUCGACUCCUGAAAUACAUACUGUAUACUGGCUCCUGUGCAUCUAACAACCUACAGACUACAGUCAAUUGUAAAGCAUCCAUGACUGUAUGGGCAAAAAAAAAAGAUUUGAGAAUUGAUGUAACACCAUAAUGAAAUUAGCAGGUAUAUACAGUCGUCCAAUUUCUAAAUCUGGUUUACUCUUUUUUGUUUCUUCGGCCUGUUUUUUGUCUUUUUCUCAGACCCAGUCACAUAAUUUGCUUUUGUAUCUAAAUUUUUAGCUUCCAUCGCUAAAAAGAAUUGUUCGGUUUUUUUUCAAGUUGUUUGAUGCAUCGUCAGUUUAACUCAUCCAAGAGCAGCUAGGAAGUCAUUCGGGGGAAAUAACAGAUCUGGAAAAUUUAGAGCCAGUCUAAGCCUGAGAUCUUGCUGACAUUGAUGUGAGUUCACUUAAUUGGGGUCUGCGCCAAAUCUCUGUCUCUUUGUCUAUUUUAAAAAUGUUGAUAUUCAGAAUCCAAGUCAGCAGUCAACGUUCGUUAGUCAAGUUGGGUUUUUUUUGCAUUCAGAGUUAGCCAAUGUUUUCAUGUAGUUUGUUUCUGAAUAUUGUUUGUUUCUGCUUUAAUACAUACAGGGUGAGUCCAAAAAAAAA